AUGGCGGGAUACAAAGAAGGCCAAAGACUUGUACUCUUGGAUCUGCCCGACGAGGUCUUGGUAGAGAUAGUCAAAUACUUACCACCGCCUCACAACCCGGAGGGAUGUAUCGAAGAAGAGAUCUAUGGCAAUGGAGUUGAAACCUUUCGGGCAACAUGCCGGAAGGCAUUCCAUCUAUGUGAUCCUCUCUGGUGGAAAUGUCUCUCCGUCCACACCUAUGGGCAAUACGACAGGAUCCGGGGUUUUCUGAGUCGCGAUGCACUUCGACCUCUCUACGUCCGGCACCUGGAGCUUAUGCCAGAUUACCGAUUUAUCCGAGAAGUGGAUGAAAAUCUUCAAGACAUGGCCGCGCUUACCUCUCUCUGCCCCAACCUGGAACGCCUGUGCAUUUGGCCAAAAUCCUAUCUGGAUGACGCUGGAUGCAAACGCCUGGUUAAGAGAUGGGAGGCCGUCCUGGCGACUCAUUUUCAGUUGGCCAAUUUCAGCAAGUUGCAAUACUGCUAUUUAAGACUCUGGAUGUUCCGGCCCAAACUCCGACAGUCUCUAGUUAUGCCUCUGCUGCGCGCUUCGAGGCUUGUCGACUUGACCCUCGAAAGCACCGACCUACGUGGCCUCUGGCUAGACUCCAUCCCCAUGCACUCGACAGCUCUCAAGAAGCUCAAGCUUCUCAGGUGUUGGGUCGACGAGCCCACGCUUGCCGCCAUUCUUGGUGCUCCUCAGUCGCUGGACUCGUUUGAAAUCUCUCUGCAGUUUCGUCAUGAAGCCGGACCCAUCACUGGAGAAGAAGAAUAUCGUCUCCUCCUGCAAGGGAUCGAGCUUCUCACACGUUUGCAGCCAAAUCUAGUGUCUCUGGGACUAACCUUCCAAGACGGCGCUGGGCUCGAGGUGGAGAUGUUGAAUGAUGUGUUCGACUUCUCCCCACUGAGGUGCCUCAAGGAGCUUACCCUCAACGCAUUGAGCACGUACUUCUUCAGGCCGCUAUUGCAGAGGCUCGAGGCCCCUUCUUUGUGGUGCCCGGUCAAUGGCCUUUACAAGCUCCCUGCCAGCUUGGAGCGCAUCAACCUCUUGUCCGAGACAGAGGACAUCGACCUGGCUGGGUUGGCAGACGCGCUGCUGAGACACCGCUACGCGGGUAAGAGUCUUCCCACGUCACUGCGGCUAUUCUGCGAUGUACAGAAGGAACAUGAGCGGCCUCUCACGGCGGCGGAGCAAGUCACAGAGGAUAGGAGUCUUGCGGCCAUCGAGACACUCAUGACACAGCUUGCAUUUGUCGAGAUCAAGUACUUGAAGCGAUGGUUCGUGCAUGACGAGGACCGACUGAAUGGGAAUAUCUACAGCUGCACCAGGGCCCUCGAAGUGAAACGGACAGCCAAUGCGGCGAUUGUCGACAACUCCGGCCUAAAUUCCGGAUCGUUCGAAAUGAAAGAAGAUACUUACUCAGAAUUGGAGUUCUUUUGA